CCAAAAACUCUCUCUGUUUCUGGAAAUUCAUUCAACGCAAUGUCCGUUACGGAUUUUCUCAUUUUCGCUUGCUCAGUUUUAAAUGCCAACUCCAGCUUCAAUUUUCUCAAAUUUAUCUGUCAGAUCGUUCGUUCAGUUUACCUACUCAUAUAGGUAGAUUACGUAUAUUUACGAAGCUUGUAAGUAUACUGUAGUAGCCGGCGAUGGAGAGCUUACCAACGACCACAAAAUCUGACAGGCGAUGGAGAUCGAAGCCUCUACAGAGCUCGAAACCUUCUCUCGUCAUGGCCUUCUUUUCUUGCCUCGCUUGGCUCUAUGUUGCUGGACGAUUGUGGCAAGAUGCUGAGAACAGAACAUUGCUUUCUAAUCUUCUUAAGCUGAAUUCGGCCCAGAGACCCAAGGUUCUCACUGUAGAAGAUAAGCUAACUGUCCUAGGAUGCAAAGAUCUGGAAAGGAGAAUUGUGGAAGCCGAGAUGGAGUUGACCCUGGCCAAGAGUCAAGGGUACCUCAAGAACCAGUUAUCGCAAAAGGAGUCUUCUUCAGGACGAAAGCUUCUCGCGGUUAUUGGAGUGUAUACUGGAUUUGGCAGUCGAUUAAAGCGAAAUAUGUUUCGAGGAUCAUGGAUGCCUAGAGGUGAUGCCUUACAAAAACUUGAGGAAAGAGGAGUAGUGAUACGCUUUGUGAUUGGUCGGAGUGCCAAUCGAGGUGAUAGCUUAGAUCGUCUUAUUGAUGAAGAAAAUAGCUCAACAAAGGAUUUCUUGAUUCUUGAGGGCCAUGAGGAGGCAUUGGAAGAAGUGCCAACGAAAGCAAAAUUCUUCUUUAGCACUGCCGUACAAAAUUGGGAUGCUGAAUUUUAUGUGAAAGUUGAUGACAAUAUAAAUCUGGAUCUUGAGGGGUUAAUUGGACUUCUUGAACGUCGUCGUCGUCAAGAUAGUGCUUAUAUUGGGUGCAUGAAGUCAGGAGAUGUGAUAACUGAAGAGGGAAAGCAAUGGUAUGAACCUGAAUGGUGGAAAUUUGGGGAUGAGAAAUCCUACUUCCGGCAUGCAGGUGGUGCACUUCUAAUACUCUCCAAAAAUUUGGCCCAGUAUAUUAACAUAAACAGUGCAUCUCUAAAGACUUACGCUCAUGAUGAUAUAUCCAUUGGAUCUUGGAUGAUGGGUCUCCAAGCAACUUAUAUAGAUGACAAUCGUCUUUGUUGCAGUAGCAUUAAACAAGACAAAGUUUGUUCUCUAGCAUGAUCAGAUUCAGAGGAGAGAGGCUUUACUUACAUGGGGAUAUAUAUAUAUACCUGCUAAUUUGCUGCGUGGGGUUUAGAAGAACAUUCACUGAGAUCUGUGGUUCACAAGAGAAGCACAUAUCUGUUUGCUGCACCCACUUCAAGGAGAACCGGAGCACUCCGUAGAUGAUUCUUUUUAGAUGCGGUGAUUAGCUGCAAUUCUUUUUAGAUUAAAUACAGCCUACAACUUCAUGAACUGUUGACAAGUUUGUUAAGAUGCUUAAAUGUUAUAAAAAGGAGGACUUGUUUUCUCUACGAGUUACAUGAUCAUGUUCUCCUGUUUCUCCAGUUACUCAUGUCAAAUGCAAGGUUGUUAUCUAUUUACUUA